AUGUCGCAAGGUAGGUCAGACCCUCAUCAUGAAGAAAAGUCUCUGCAGAAUGAUGUGUUAAGCACCAUCUCGAUGAAUCAGGUCCGCUGCGAUCGUCGACCUGGCUGCUGUGAUAACUGCGAGCGUUUGGACUUCGCCUGCUCGUUCAAAAAGAACACCCCCAUUCUCUCUCACCGUCAGCCUAGCCCAAAAGAGACCGUCCAAAAUCGCCCUGAGCGGCGUCGGGGAACACAAGCCUGUGUUGAAUGUCGUCGACAAAAAGCACGCUGCUCCGGCGAACUCCCCGAAUGCGCAAACUGCCAUCGACGCCAGCGGUCGUGUCAAUACCCGCAGGUUAACCAGUCGAACAACAUCGUUGACAACCUUGUGGAAGUCAGACAACUCGAACAAGUUUCAGGCGAUACUUUAAUUACAACCAGUGAUAAACUUUUGGAAAGUAUCAAUAUCUACUUUCAACAUCUCUACCCGAUUCCAUCAUUUGCAUUUCUCCAUGAGCCUACAAUUCGCCAGCAAUGCGAGAGUGGCACCUUGGACCACAAUCUUGCCACGUCAAUUACUACCACGGUUGAUUUGUGGCUUCCAAGAGGUCAAAAGCUAUCGGAUAAAAUUAGUCUCUGCAUCGACUCUGUGGAACGAGGUAUUUGGAUUCAACUUGAUAGGCCUUGCAUUCGACAACUGCAGUGCUUGAUGCUUAUAGUCCACUGUCAUAUUCAUCUCGGGCGCUUCUCUCGAGCCUAUAUGCUUGCAGGACUUGCCGGUCGAGCGGCCACUGCGUUAAGGCUGAACUACGAGCGACCAGAACUAAGCUUCAUUGCUCAGGAAACAAGGAGGAGGGUAUUAUGGGCGCUGACAUCAAUUGACGGUUUCUUCUCCGUCGGACUCCCGGAAUACGAAACUAUUCCAAACGCGAUAAUUUAUCAACAACUUCCUAGCUCCGAGGGAGCUUUCAGAGAGGGAAUCCCACAAAGCCAGCUGACAGCUCGCCGAUCAUCCUUGAGUGCUGCUUCUGCUGAAGAUGGGAGCUUGCUGGCAGAUUGUAUUCAGCUUUCGAAGAUCUCAAAGGACAUCAUGCGGCUUACGCGGCAGCUCGCCUUAUCCGAGCAACCCUUGCUACAACUGGGGGCACUCAUACAAGAAAUACAAAAUGACUUACUACGAUACCAAUCAGAUGUGGAACUAUCUGUUGGCCAUCAAGUCACGGCACUUGCCAAUGUAGAAGAUAUGGCAAGCUCUAGGUGGUUCGCCCGCAUCCUUCAGGUGACGGCUACCUGGCAUCAGGCGCACUGCGAUCUAUAUCGACUUUUUCUUCCAAACUAUCUAGCGGUUGCUCCUAGGGUCAUCAUGGACACGAUUGAGCCGAGUCUGAAAGACCACGCCCUUGCAAAAUGCGAGGAACAUGUCCAACAUAUUAACCACAUUAUGCGAGAACUAUUACGCUUACCCAAAGAACAAAUUUUGCCACGAUACAUCGCAGUCUGCGCCUAUCAUGCAACGAGGCUGAGUCUCUUCCUUGCAGCCUCUCCCGAUUGGAAAGUGCAAACAGAUACGGCGACGGCUAUCAAAAAUGCCGAAACCUCAUUGGAUGUCUUGCAAAGGUUUUUUUUCCAACAUACCCUUUACGGACAGGAUAAUUCAGGAUAUGCAAGACCUGGUGCGACUAUCUCAUGA